AUGGCUGUUGGAAAGAACAAGCGCCUAUCUAAGGGUAAGAAGGGUAUCAAGAAGCGCACAGUCGACCCCUUCACCCGCAAGGACGAGUACUCUGUGAAGGCUCCUUCCACCUUCCAGACCCGCGAUGUCGGCAAGACUCUGGUCAACCGCACCAGCGGUCUGAAGAACGCCAACGACUCCCUCAAGGGCCGUAUCUUCGAGGUCUCUCUCGCCGACCUCCAGAACGAUGAGGACCACGCCUUCCGCAAGGUCAAGCUCCGCGUCGACGAGAUCCAGGGCAAGAACUGCCUGACCAACUUCCACGGUCUCGACUUCACCACCGACAAGCUCCGUUCCCUUGUCCGCAAGUGGCAGUCCCUGAUCGAGGCCAACAUCACCGUGAAGACCACUGACGACUACCUCCUCCGCCUGUUCGCCAUUGCCUUCACCAAGAGACGCCCCAACCAGAUCAAGAAGACCACCUACGCCCGUUCUUCUCAGAUCCGUGCCAUUCGCAAGAAGAUGACCGAGAUCAUCCAGCGCGAGGCCUCCACCUGCACUCUCUCCCAGCUCACCCACAAGCUCAUCCCCGAGGUUAUUGGCCGUGAGAUCGAGAAGUCCACCCAGGGCAUCUACCCCCUGCAGAAUGUCCACAUUCGCAAGGUUAAGCUCCUCAAGUCCCCCAAGUUCGACCUCGGUGCUCUCCUGUCUCUGCACGGAGAGUCCUCGACUGAUGACAAGGGACAGAAGGUUGAGCGGGAGUUCAAGGAGACCGUCCUCGAGAAUGUUUAA